AGUUACUCUCCGGUUAAAAUAAAAGGUAUGAGAAGGGGUUCGAAAGUUUUGUUGCUUCAAGAGGACAGAUGUAACAACUGAGGGAAAAUGAAUGUAUUCGAAAACAGCUCAAACACCCGUGAGUUAUACUAACAAUAACAAGAAAACAAACACGACUAUCGCAGCCCACUGGGGCGUUUAGGCUUGCGAAGAUAUUGGACAAAAGACUUUCGCACGUGUCUCGUUCACCGUUUAUUCAAGGGUUUAGGAAUUUCAAUCCAGCUGGGAAAAGUAAAGUACACGUUUGAGAACGGACAUCAUCUAGUUUAUGUGAAUAUAUAUAUAUAAGGGAAAGAAACAGUCUCGUAGUCAACGCACUGUGUGUAACGUAAAGCAACAUAACUAUCCAAGAUUACUAUAAACAUCCUCCAACAAUACACGAAUGUGGACAUAAUUGAAGACGUUUGAAAUAGAAGACGAAAGCGUGGAGAUAUUCAACCAUUAUGUCGUCAUCCGGUUUCACUGUGCUGUGCGUCUUUGGAGUUUUGUUUAUAGGAUUCGUCAAUGCUAACAGUGCUCCAAUUAUUGUCGAACAUCCCAGUGACGUCACGACAGUCGUUGGACGUGACGUCAUCUUGAGAUGUGUUGUCGAAAACCUCCCUAUCGAGAACGACAUUGUGCAAUGGACGAAAGGGGGUUUCGCUCUUGGUUAUGAUCCAGAAAUACCAGCCUUCAGUCGCCUAUCCAUGGUUGGAGAUGUUUCAAUUGGCGAGUACAAUCUCCAGAUUCAAAACGUCACUUUAAAAUAUGAAGGCGAAUAUGAAUGUCAGGUCAGAGUUGACAGGAUGCGAACGAAAGCAACAGUAACCGUUCUAGUUCCUCCGAAGGGACCAAUGGUAGAAGACGUACGGGAUGAUGACGUCAUUGAUGUACUUGCUCACUCCGAUAACUUGAUCACUUGUCGAUCCUGGGGUGGAAAACCCGCGGGAAAGCUGGCUUGGUACAAAGAUGGCGCGAAAAUAACAGAAAACGUCACUUAUGCCGAAACCGAGGCCGAACAAAAAUUGCGAAACAGUAGCGCCACCUUGCGCCUAUGGCCCACAGAAUUGGAAGACGGGCAUCGUUAUGAAUGCCUCAUGAGUGCCGAUCCAAGAUUUCAAGACUUUGGAUUUAGCGGAGAAGUUUUGUCUAAAACUGUCAAAUUAAACGUUCAAAAACCACCUGUGGCUUCACUGACAAUAUCGUCAUCUACUGUGAAAGAAGGUGGAAACCUAUUUGCAAGGUGUGAUUCGUACUCAUCAAAACCUCCUGCAAAAUCAUACAUUUGGUAUUUGAACGGCGAAACACUGGAAGGGAGGACAGGUUCGACAUUAGCAAUGUACAAUGUGAAUCGCACAUUGAAUGAAGCAAUUGUUGGAUGCCGAGCUGUCAGCGAUGUCGGGCAAUCUGGAAAGAGCAGCGUUUCUCUUAACGUUUUAUAUGCACCAAGACUUGUAAUUGCCCCUGAAAACGUCAUUACAAAUAUGAGCACCACUGUGAACAUGACUUGCUCAUGGGAUUCAAAUCCACCCGCCCUAGUUGCUUGGUACAAAAGAGGGAAUAUGGACGUCGCGGUCGUUCAAGGUGAAGAUUUAAUCAUUGACGUAAUCGACCAAUCUGCAGCUGGAACUUACGUAUGCGUGGCUGACGCACAAGGGGUCGCAAGCAAAUCAGUUUCAGCUCGCUUAGACGUACUAGGACCACCCAUCUUUAUAAAUCCCACAGUGCAAGAAGCCUCACUCGGCGAGCGCGCGAUCGUCAACUGUUCCUUGGGGAGUACGCCAGGCGUAUCACACGUGACAUGGAGUUGGCAACGUGAAAAGCAUGAGGAAUUGCAGAAUAACGACACGAUUGUUUAUAAGAAUCAAGUCAAAUUCGCCGGAAUUAUGAAUUAUGACCAGUCAACGGCGUCUCUCGUUAUCUACGACGUUAAGCCAGAGGAUUUAAUCAAAUAUAACUGCACUGUCCAUAACUCAUAUGGUACUGGAUCAACAACCAUUACUAUGGAAGAAAAAUCUGUGGAGUCUUUGCCUAUGAUGGUUCCUAUUGCUGGAGCUAUCGUUGGAGCCGUUUUGUUGCUCAUAAUUGUCAUCAUCGUUGCAAUAUGUUGCGUACGAAGCAAAAGACAACAAAAAUCGACCACUUUCCCACCGGAAAAAGAAUCACUACAAGUAGAACGAACAGACGGCCACAAAAAGGAUAGCAGAAUGGAUAUACUCGGACCAGCCGGUGUCAAAUUAAUAAGCCCAGAUGCAGACAGCGACAAUCCUUCAACUUCAGCAUCUUUGUCCUCACGGGAUGUUGUUAGGCCCUCUUUAGCAUUGGAUGAGUAUCGUAGCUCUGCACAUAAUGACGACGGUUAUCACACUGAAGAAGCAAACUCCUGGAACAGGCAUGAAAAACAGUCACCCGAAUCUUCUCCGGCACGAAGCACACGCGAUGAUUACUCGAGGGGUGGAAUUGUGACGUCAAUGCCAAUAACGUCAUCACCCAUGGGUGCAUUCGAGCGUGCUGCAUCACCAUAUGGAAGCAGUGACGUAGCUUCAGACGGUGGGUACCUGAAGUACAACUUGCAGCCAAUGCAGCCUUACACCCAAUACCCAAUGCAUCAAUUUACACCCAGUGGGGUAGUGGAGUUACCCCCGAUGGGUACAGGAAGGGCGAUGUCUCCUGUAAAUAUGUACGGUAUGCAACACCAAUAUCCUGCGACGUACUACCAACACCAUCAAGGACCUCCAUCUUCGUCUUCCGGAUACAGGGGCCCAGCGCAAUUUGGAGUUCAACGUCCUCGAGCAGGAUCAAAUGCUCCCUCUGUCAUAAGCUCACACAGAAGUGUGACUCCUUCACCUGCCUAUGCACAACUUUUAGGACGCAGUACACCGGUGUCUGUACUCGGCGACAGAGCAAUGUAUACGGUUCCUAUGAACUCUCAAGGGCAAGCUCCGAUUCGACGCACGUCUUCCCAAUCAUCUUUAGAACAACCGCCAUCAUCAGUUGCCACUCAUGAUCAAUACGAAAACCCUACUAAAAUGAGCCAACUCUCAUCUAGAAUGAGUUUGGCUUCAAGGUCGUCAGAAGUUUUGAAUAAGCCGAUGACGGCGAGAAUGGCAACGCACGUAUGAUCAGAAUCCCUAUCUUACGCAGCAAUGGGUCGCGUAUGGAAAUAUUGAUGUAAUUAAUACGAAGAGAGAAGAAUGUUUCAAUUAUGACGUAUGCGGUUACGACACAGACAGUAACUACGUGAACGAAAGAAUAAACUGAAAAUGAGAAAAAAUUGGUUUUUACGAUGCCUCAUUUUUUCGUUUUAAAUAAACGCGUGUGUUGAUGAAGACCUGUCAUUGGUCAAGUUUUCUACAAAUAAUACUGUUCCAUGGAUCCUAACUUUUUAGUUGUUCUUCUUUCAUACCUUCUUUUGCACUGUUCGAAUAUCAUUAUCGUUUUUCACGGUACAGUAUCCUUUUACAACUAAAUGAAUUUUGUACGUUAGAACUGUGAAUGUGUGUGUGCUUAAUAUCCUAAAAUAUUUAGCAGCAUAACACGAUGGAAACAGUUGAAAAUCGUAAACAGUCUCCCAUUCUGAGGUAUAAGUAAAUGCAAUUCAGUUAGAAUAUUAUCGCAUAACAGGCAACACUGUUAAAAUAUUCGAUAAAUAUUUUUUUACAAUAAACCAUUGUCCGAUAUUCUAAUCUAUACCAUUGUCUUAUGGCUCGUUUAAAUAAUAAUUUUGUUCACAUGUUUAAUGAUACAAUUACGUUUUACAAAGGUGCUGCUGACAAUAUUUAUCACAUCAUGUUGAAAAUAUCUUAUUUUGAUUUUCAUCAUUUUUAUUUUUGAGAAAAAUACAAAAAAAUAGCCACAUUUUAUUUGACUAAUUUCUUAAAAUUUUUAGUCGCACUGUCAUGUUACUUUUUUGUCGCGCGGUAUCGCCAUCAAGCUGAUAUUUUCUACUAUUUAUUUCCAUUGCAUGAAUUAUGAAACCAUACAUGCUGAUCCAACAAUUGGUUUUCACCAGAUAAUGAUCGCGGCAUUCUGUAGCUGAGUUUUUUCAGAUUCAGAAAGUAGUUCUUCUAAUAAGUGGAUAUUCACUUUAGUAUUGGUUGGGUUGCAUUUUGUCUCUAUCCCCUGUUGAAACUUGUUUAAGAUAAUACGAGUCGAUAUAGGAUAAUCCAAUUUACUCUAAAAUGCCGGCAACUGCACAAAAUUAAUUAUUUCGAGCAAAAAGAAAAUGUCUCAUUCUGAAACUCUUGAGCAGUAUCCACAUAGAUUGGGUAUGACCGGAUGUGAACUUUUAGUGCGAUAACACAAAGCCUGCAACUAUUAUCUAUUGUUGAUAAAUACAAUUUAUCCCGGGCGCUUCGAAUGUUGUAGUAACACCUUAUAAUCGAACCAUUUCUCAUGUGAUAUUAUCAUUGUUACGUUACCUUGAGCACAAUCAAAAAUACAUUUUCUUAAUCAAGAUGUAAUUCAUGUUUAAUAUUUAUGUCACAAAAUCCACAUCAUUGUGAAUUACUACCACUCGAAUAAUAAUUUAUCUAACAAGCGUAUCUGCCUCGUGGAGUGGCACCAUUACUAAGCCACGCCACAGAAUUUCAUCUUCAUAUCAUCUGUGUGCGAAAUUAUUUUUGAUAUCAUUAUUUAUUACAGAAAACCUAUACCUGUUUUACCAAUUAGGGCAGGCUUUUGAAACGUGGUGCAAGACAAGCAGCCCGGUAUUGUUCGUCCUUAUAACUGGAUUCUUUGCAAUGUUUGUGACUGAACAGUUUAGUUUAAAUAAUAUUUUGUUGUGGUGCUUCCAUAUUGUAUUAAUUCGUUUGUUUGGGAGAUACUUAUAGUUACAUUUUCUAAAUUCUUUCUUCAAUAUUUUAUUAUAAUUACUGAAUUGAUUUAUAUUAGUAUGAGUAUACUUUUAAAAAUAAAUUGAUUGGGAUUAAAAAAUUUA